AUGAAGUUUGUUCUACUCUACUUUUGGCUAGCCAGCUUGGGUUUAGCGGGUAAGCCAUGGUUUAUACGUUAAACCAAUAUAUUAGUGUGUUCAAAUAAUUCUGCACCCCCCCUCUCAAAACAUUUCAUACUUAACAAACCCUUUACAGUAACUUUGAACAAAAAAUGUGACACAGACAGUGACUGUCCUGAACCGUUCGUAUGUCGAUUACUAUGUAAGAACACAUGCAAUACGAUGUGUAUCGACCUGACUUUUGCAAGGUAAACUUUUUUUGAAGCUUGAAAUUACUUUUACUAAAAACCGUUAUAUCUGCAAUUUAAAACACAAAAAGUCACUAUUUUAGUAUUUAUGAUAUAAAAAUGUUUCAGAAGAAAACCCCUGAGGCUCCGUCCGCCAUUACCUAUAAACACGGAGUCAGAGCCAACGAUCUUCAGAGAUCCCCCAGCUUUCGAACCCAAUCCACCUGCUCCAACACAACCUCCAACUAGUCUAAAUAAUGUCCCGUUUAAUGAGCAUGUACAGUACGUUUUUGAAUAACUGAUAGAAAAUAAGAUAAUAUAGGUUUACUCCACAUUAUUAGAAACCUGAACUUAUACAAAAUGCUAAAAAAUUAACAUUGAUAUCAAAUUUUACCUUUUUAGACCAAAAGCACCAAUCGGACCACCAAUCUGGAACCCCGAUCCUCGAAUAUCCGAACAUUUUUCUGUGAAAAGUAGGUUUUAUAAAAACUGAGUUUGGCAGACUGCGUCCAUGGAGCGCAGGCUGCAACUUCUGAUGAUGUUUCAAUUUUAGUUUGUAAUAGUUUUUGCCUAAUUAGCAAGUUUAUUGCAUAUCUUUAAUGCCUGAUUUAUUUAAAAGCUCUAGUUAAAAUCUGCUUUUUGAGAUUGUCCACCACCAGAAGUAUGUAGACCGAACUGUGGUAUAUACAUCGACGAGUUUGGAUGUCAAGGAUGUCAAUGUUUGUGGAUAUCACAAGGUAAGGUCUUUUUUGACUUUCUUAUACUAAAGUGCAGGUUUUUAAAGCAAGUAGAGUACAUACGCUUAAAUUAUCAAGCAGAGCACGUGAAGGUAUAUUAUUAUUACUUGAGUAUUAUCUAUGUUCAAAUCACUACCGUACCUUUAUAACUGAUGACUCACUCUUAACAUGACCUUAAUAUCAAUUGUUUCAAAACUUUUUAGUGUGCAACAAUGACUACGACUGCGUGAACGAAGGUCAGUACUGUGAUCUGGGUCGAUGUGAGUGCGGACGUGGCUAUCGUCAGCAUCCCAGACAGUCGGGAGUGUGUCAGCGUGUCGGCGCAGGUAAAGGAAUGUACUCUUAUCUAUGACGACCAUUGCAGGCGUUUACCGCGACGAGAUCCUCCCGGACGAUAAGUUGAUUCGCCGCAAAAGGUCCAUUCCCAAGAAGCGGCACGACGAUCGGCUUCAGUGGCCAGGUCAGCACGGUAACACUUCACAACAAUGACACCACUUCAGUUUAUAGACACUUAUAUAAUGACACAAAAGUUGAUUUAUAUGAUAGCACAGACAUUAUUUUACAUGAUUUUGUUAAAACACACAUAUUAGUGUAGAUACGUGAUGAUUUACACUAUUGGAUUUGAAAUAGCAAUAGCAAGCAAAAAGAGCUUAAAAGGAUGUUCUACUUACUUUUUGACCAACGAUACACAAGAAAAUUUUUUUAAAGCACUGCCAGCUAUUCCAACUCUUUGGCAUUCUGCAUCAUCAUGUUUUAUCACGUUUUGUGUACUCUGCUAUAUCUAUAUAACACAUAUACCUAUAAUAUAUGUACCUAUAUAACACAUAUUAACUAUUUUAACACACUAAUCGGUAAUGGCUGUAAAUAAAUGUCACUUUUGAUACAGGCCCAUGUGACAACGACUCACAAUGUCCAUCUAAUUUGUACUGUAUCAACUACGAUUGUUGGCACAUCCCAGAAAAACCCCUCAGGGCAUUUCAGGACUCCGUCAAGUCUGAGGUAAAAUACGAAUGUACCAUGAACGGUUUAAAAAAACUAAUUUAAGAAUAUUUUUAAUUUUAAAAUAGGAAAAUAACAUAAAAAUGUUCAAUUGUAAACUUUCCCUACCUUCUAGUACCCUAAGAUACCAAAAAACAUUAUAAAGUAUAACUUCAAUCACUCGAAACAGAUAUCAACGACAACAGACGACGACAAGAUCCUCACCUCCCAAGUUCAGAUUCCAGAAGAUUCUGUAAAGCCAUCGGAACGUCACAUCGCCAUCCUAAUACCACCUUCUGACAACCGUAACAACCUGAAUACCCCCAACAUCGAGAUACGACCUCCAUCUAUCCUACCUCAAGAUGUUCAUCCUGAAUUUACCACGCCCAAGUCAGUCCGACCGGUAUUAUAUACUGAAGACGAGAUGGAUCAAGAAGUUACCAAGAUUGAUGAUGGUAGUAUAAGUUUUGGUAGUACACCAUCAACUUUAGACUCAAACCCCUUUACUAUGACUGAAGAUAUUGUAAGAUACGCAGUAAGCGAUGAGUUCGACAGUUUUUCGAAAAAGGAUACUGUAACUUUUGGGAUUGAUGAAGAUACGAUAACUUUGUCUAUUGCAACACCAAGAAGACAAAAAGAUGUUACAGUGGUUGAUACCGAAGUCAAAUCGACCACAAAACGGUCGAAACAUAAGAAAAGCAAUAAAAUACGUCGUGAUGACGGUAAUUUGAGUGUUGAUGACAAAAAUGUUGAUGUUGAGGUUACAGAAGUCAGACGUACCACGGAGAAAACAGAUACAAGGUUAGUUACAGUAUAACUGUGCAGUAUAACUCUACAAUAUUAUCCGUUUUUACAUUUAUAUUACUAAAGGUUACUGUAAUAUCAUUUUAGUACACUACCUGAUAUACUGGAUGUGCCUCUAAAGGUAUCAAUGACCAAAAUAGACAAAGUAGAAGGAGAUCCCACUAGAAUAUUUAUUGACUACUCAAAAACCAAUAGGUACAAGCGACCGGUCAGAGUAGAGAUGGAUAAUGUGAACGGUGAGUGAACAAGUUACAGUAAUCAUUCCCUUGUAUUUUGUAAUAAAGAUUAAGCAGACUACUGCAACUGAUAAAAAAUGUAAGGUCGGUCAUAAAAUAAGUUGUGAGCUAAAACUAAAAUUACAGUAAUUUAGGUAACAUACGCGAUGAAUGUACGACAUCGCGGGACUGUGGCCAGCGAUACAAAUGUUGCCAGAAAAGAUGGUGUGAUUUGUCCAAACAAUGUGGAAUUGGUCGAUUCUGUCUUCCCGACUGUCAAUUGACCAAAAUGAUGCAUCCACAAGGACAGCGACAGAACCAAAUUGAUCUCGUUUAUGACUAG